AUGAUCGAUUCUACUACACCCGGUCCAUUCGAGCGUUCAUCUGGCAGUAUGGAGAAACUGCCCAUUCACACCGGUGAGAAUCUCGAGACUCCGCCUCGACAUGGAGGGUUCAAAUCAGGGCAACUUCGCAACAGAUCCCCGAGAAACUGCCUGCUGCGCCGCAUCGUCAUUGCCCUGGGCUUCCUGGCGGGGUUCUACCUGCUCACCAAGUCGAUCCGUAUUCCCAUGCCCUGUCAUAUGCGUGGUCAUUCUAUCCCUGAUUCAGAAACCGAACAAUACUCGACACACUCACAAGAGCACAUGUUUGCGGACGACAGACGGCCCUCGACCUUCAACAGCUCACAACCUGCUGAGUCCGCCAAGAUCCCCUUGGAGGCUCACAUUAUGAGCAAAUGCCCGGAUGCGAAAGCAUGCAUCCAACAAUUGAUUUUGCCAACCAUGGAACAGGUCAGCGACAAGGUGGAUUUCCGGCUGUCAUUUAUUGCGGACUGGAAUUCAGCCUCUGAAGAGAUAAAAUGCAUGCAUGGCCCUACUGAAUGUAUCGGAAACAUGCUCAUGCUCUGCGCCGCGAACCUUCCCUUCCCUCCAAAGGCCGAUGAAUCAUUGCUCCCCACGUCUUAUCCGCGUACUCCUAUCAUUCGAUCUUUGGGAUUCGCCAACUGUCUGAUCAACCAAUACCCUCGUAUACCUGAGCGUGAAUUUGUUCACCAGUGUGCCUUGGAGCACGGUAUUGAUUUCGAUUCCCUGAACCGCUGCGCCAGCCAACAGGACGAUAACCCGGACGACUCGUUGAGCGGUAUCGCACUUCUCCGAAGUAACGUGAAACGUGGGAAGGAUCUCGGUGUCACCACCAGCUGCACGGUUCGACUGGACAACAAGGUCUGGUGUGUCCGCGAUGACGGUAAAUGGAAGAACUGCGUUAAGGAAGGCGAGGGUGGUAAGCCUCAACUAUUGAUCGAUCAGAUCAAUAAACUCUAUAAAGAUAGUAACUAG